UCUCCCCAGUCGCAGCAAGCUCGCAGAGAGAGACAGAGAGCGAGAGAGGAGAGAAUGGAAGCUCUGAGAGCCUCCUACGACUCUACAUCCGACUCGGACAGCUCUCCCAAGAGUAGCAAAGAUUUCCGCCAUAUUUCAAAUACCAAAGAAUCAGACCGUUUGCCCCCGCCCCCAAUCGCCCUCAUCCAAUCUCCUCCACCUCUUGCUUAUUGUCAGACAAGCCAAGAAAGUCGAGUUAGGAGCUUUCCACAUGUUGAAGGAAACUAUGCACUGCAUGUGUUCAUCCCAGUUCUUAUACCGCCGGUGAUUAAGAAAGAGCUAAUAUUAGCUCUAAAAAGAGUCGCAUCUCUUGUACCUAGUCUUCAUGCUGUUGAUGUUGAUAUCCCACUCAGUGAUAUGUGCAAAGAUGAUGGUUUGCUUGAACAAUUCUUAGGAAGGGAAUUUCACAUAAGUUUGGGAAGAACUGUUCCGAUUCGAGUGCAUCAGAUUGGCUCAGUUGUGACAAUGCUUCGCCAAAAGCUUCAGUCUCAGAAUCGAAAUUGGAUAGAUUUUAGUAAGUGGGAGGUUUUUGUCAAUGAUGAUCAGACACGGUCCUUUCUUUCGAUGGAAGUUACUGCAGGAGGACUAUCUGAGGUCAGAUUGAGUAAAUACUCGUAACAUUUUAAAAUGUCU